GUCAUUCGCUGAUGUCAAACACAAAACAAAAAUUCGGAAAAUCAUCAUCGCUGGUCCGAUUGCGGCAAUUCAACACCAUUUUCGUUCGUUUUCCGUAGUUUUGUGCUAGCCAAUCAACCAUGUCUGCCCGGUACGAUCGCGCUGUAACGGUAUUCUCACCGGAUGGUCACCUGCUGCAGGUCGAAUACGCCCAGGAAGCCGUCCGGAAAGGAUCCACUGCGGUCGGUGUCCGCGGAAAAGAUGUUGUGGUGCUAGGCGUGGAGAAAAAGUCCGUCGCCAAAUUGCAGGAAGAGCGAACGGUGCGUAAGAUUUGCUUACUGGACCACCACGUGGUCAUGGCUUUCGCCGGACUGACUGCCGAUGCGCGCAUUCUCAUCAACCGGGCACAGGUUGAAUGUCAGAGCCACAAGUUGAACGUGGAAGAUCCAGUCACUCUGGAGUAUAUUACCCGUUUCAUCGCCGGCUUGAAACAAAAAUACACCCAGAGUAACGGACGACGUCCGUUCGGUAUAUCCUGCCUGAUCGGCGGUUUCGAUUACGACGGCCAGCCUCACCUGUACCAGACGGAACCGUCCGGUAUCUAUUACGAGUGGAAAGCCAAUGCCACGGGGCGAUCGGCAAAGACAGUGAGAGAGUUCCUGGAGAAAUACUACAGCCCAGAACAGGUCGACACCGAGGAAGGCGCCAUCAAGCUGGCCAUAAAGGCGCUGCUCGAGGUGGUGCAGUCCGGACAGAAAAACCUCGAGGUAGCCGUCAUGAAACGUAAUCAGCCGAUGCAGAUGUUGGAUGCGGAUACGAUCGAAAAGUAUGUGGCGAUCAUCGAGAAGGAGAAGGAAGAGGAAGCCGAGAAGAAGAAGCAGAAAAAGUAAAUUUCCUUUCUUUUGGUAUUUCGAUGGUCUUGAGGUAUGUUUAAUAUUAUUAAAAAUUAUACAUUGGAAUAAAUAACUGCAAGGAUCAGUAUAAGCAUU